AUGGCACGGCCUCGUGGUCUCGCAGUCGCCAUCCUCGCGGCCGCGCUGGCCGCGCUGGCCGCGCUAGCGCCCUCCUUCGUUGCCCCGGUGCCGCUGCGGGGAAGCCGCAGGUCCUUGGAUCUGGAGAGGAAGCAGAUGAAAACGGCCACGGCCAGGGCCUCCUUUGUCACAGGGGGCUCGGUGCUGCUGCCUUUGGCCGCCUCGGUGCUUACCGGGGUGCUUGGCCUGGAGACGGUGCGCCAGGUCAACGAGGGUGCGGCGCUGAAGGAGCUCAUCCAAAAGUACACCGAGAUCCAAGUGGUGGACGCCCCAAACGGCAUGCCAGGCUCCCCGCCCGUUGAUGGCGUCACUUGGUACGUCAAGGACCCCAGCGUCUACCGGCGGGUGCUGGUGCAAGGCGACCUUGGGCUGGGAGAGAGCUACAUGGAGGGCCUUUGGGAGACCAACGACCUGGAGGGGUUCAUGUUCGAAAUGAUCAAGCUGGAGGCGGUAAAGAAGGAUCUGGGGCUGCUGGGCCUCCCUCUGCUGCUGGGCGCUGCUCUGGGUGCGGCCUCCUGGCUGCUUUUCCCCAGCAACCUAAGCGCGGAGGGGGCCAAGAAGAACAUCGCGAGCCACUACGACAUCUCCAUGAAGCUCUAUGAGCAGAUGCUUGGGCCGACGAUGCAGUACUCCGGCGCAUACUACCAUGCGCCGGGCAUGACGCUCGAGCAAGCGCAGCUGGCCAAAAUGCGGCUGGUCGCCGAGAAAUUGGAUCUGAAGCCAGGCAUGAAGGUCCUGGAGCUGGGCUGUGGCUUCGGGGCCCUGGCGGAUCUUAUCGCCACGGAGUAUGGGGUGGAGAUCACCGGAGUCACGUUGUCCGAGGAUCAGCAUGCCUACGCGAAGAAGCACUUUAAUAACCCCCUGGUGGACAUCAGAUUGCAAGAUUACAGAAGCAUGACGGGCCAGAAGUUCGAUCGCAUCUAUUCAGUGGGCAUUUUUGAGCACAUUGGCCGAAACUGCUACGAGACCUACUUCGAGAAGUGCCAUGAGCUUCUCAAGGAUGACGGCAUCAUGCUCAUUCACAGCAUUGGUUUUUGCAGAGACGGCGAGUGGAAUCAUGGCGGCUGGAUGAAUACGUACAUUUUUCCGGGAGCCGAGCUUCCGACAAUGUCGCACUUCACCCAACAGUUCCAGGAGAGAUGGCACUUGGAAGACUGGCAAAGCUUCGGGGUGAGCUAUGCCAAGACCCUGAGGGCCUGGAAGAGUCGGUUGAAUAACUGGCAGGGCCUCGAGGAGUUCGAGGAGCGAUUCAGACGUAUGUGGGAGUAUUACCUUGAUUGCUGCGCGGCCUCCUUUCAAGCAAGGCGGACAAAGCUUUGGCAGCUAGUCUACACCAAGUACCCCUCGAAGCGGCAGGACGACUGCCACCACAUCCGACAGCCAAAGAAGGCGCCUCCCCUCGCGUCAGAGAGCGCAGCUCAGCGGAAGCUGGGCAAUGAAAUUCGGAGCUCCAUUUUAGGAGUUUUAGCGUGCCUGCCGAGCAGCACCGCAAAGUGGAGUGUGGAGACGUCCAUUCCGCACAAGCAGCAUUUGAAGAAGCUUGAGGUCAUCAGCAAACGUUUGCAGACGAUGCGAACAUUGAAGUGGCCCCGCAUUUCGCAUUUUGAGGCAGGAGCUGCGAGCUACGCGCUGCCACUCCAAUGGAAGGAAGACCCCUCCGAAGCGUUACUUGAGUCCAAACGUGCAUAUUUGGCGGGAUUCUUUGACGGGGAUGGAUGUGUGUCUGGCCUGACCGAUCUGUCCGGUUGCAGGCUGACUGUUGGGCAGAGAGCCUCCGCUGCUGAGGCGUCUCCAAAGCUCUCAGCGGCUAAGAGCCCAGGCCCAGUACCCCGCGUGUCCAAAGGGCGUGAAGGCAGUGCUGGUGGCCAGCCCAAGGCUGAGCCUAAGCCAAAGCCGAAGCCGAAGGCCAAGGACGCCCCAAAGAUGGGCGAGAGUUCCGAGCGGCGUCGCGGCGCCAUGCGGAACGGCGGCUCCAUGGACGUGACACCUCAGGAGCUUUGAUGACGCGCUGCGAGCUUUCCCCCGGGGACACUCCAUCCAGUGGACAUGGCGUGUGCCAAGAGUCCUGGAGAAGAAGAAGCAGAUGUAAAUGGUUGCGGUUCGGCUGAAUGAGAAGCCGGAUAUUUGGAUGUGAUCGACAGGGCAGGCCU